AUGAAAUUCAUAAUUUUUCCAAGUAAAUUUCGGUCAUUUUUUCAACGACCACCUUUAAAUCCCAUAACAAGUUACAUAAGUUAUCUGAUUAACGAAAGCAGCAAACAACACAAUUCUCAAUACAAUGACGUGGUUUUAAUUCAACUUGAAGCUCGAUACAAAUCAAACUAUUUUGAAGAUGUUUUAGAGGAAAUAUUAAGCAAAAAUGUCUUCAAUCCAUUAUUUGCAUACAAUUCUGUGGAUCCAAUUGAUAAAUAUCGAGUUCAUUCGGCAGAAUUUUUCGUAAUUAUAUCAGAUAUGAUUUUCAGAGAUGAUCAUCAUCUUCAAAGAUUAAUUGAGAAUAUUUUUAAACAAAACGUUUGGACUAAUUCUGCAAAGUUUGUGUUUGUUCUAACAUAUUAUUCAACGAAUUACCGAAUUAUACAAAUAUUUGAUGCUUUAGAGUUCUUGGGAACUUUAAAUGUCAUUGUUCUGUUUCCAAGUAAUAGAAAACCUCUCAACAUUGUCUCAUAUGAUUUCUCUAUAGCUCGUUUUGUUGUCAAAGAUUUCAUGAACUUCACUGAUGCUUUUCCUAAUCGAGAGAAAAACCUUAACGGAUUUAUUUUCAAGGCACUUGAAAUAAAUCAAGAAUCUAAAUUUGUUGUUAAUCCCAUCACAAGAAGAUUGGACAAUGUUGAUAUGAGAAUUAUGAAUGAAAUUGCUAAAAAGAGUAACAGUUCAAUGGUUGUAACUCAUCAAGUAAAUCUUGACCAUUCUAAUCAUCAGAAGCAAAUUUCUACUUUAUUUGAAAAAAAAUCAGUUGAUUUGAUGUUCUCAACCAUAUUUUACAAUAUUAAUUACAAAAAAUAA